CAUACGUAUAUGUUUUGAUUGUAAGAAUUGUCAAAUUCGCCGUUGGGUCAAAUGGAAAAUUAAUGCUAGUGCCUGAAAUUGUGUGUCAAAAAUGUGUUGAAUUGAAAAUAUAUACAAUUAUUGUUACGAAUGAAAUGUCGCACAUCCAGUACAUGGACGAGUUAAUUCGUGAAUACCUGCUGUUCAGAGGUUUCGGGGGAACUCUGAAAGCUUUCGACUCGGACCUAAAAACUGAUAAAGACAAGGGGUUCAGGGUGGACAAGAUAGUUGACCAGCUGAUGCAGUAUGUCGCAGUGUAUGAUCUGGUGUCGCUGCGAGAGCUGUGGAGUCACAUGGACCAGAAAAUGUUCAGCAGGUUGGAGCAUCACUUCACAGCUGCGGUUCGCAAACUGGAGAGUGCGGUGCUGAAGCUGUACCUGGUGAAUGCAGUGGUGAACAACAAGCCAGACAAAGUGACGGAGUUUUUCAACAAGUACAGCGUUGAACUGCAAGGACAAGCAGAGUGGAAAGACUGGUUCAUGCUGCCGUUCGUGAAGAACCCGGAAGAGGUGCCUUGCUUUGCCGCUCACUUCACCCGCCAGUGGCAGGACACAGUGUUGGUAUCAUUGCACAACUUCCUCUCCACUAUUUUCCAGUGCAUGCCCCUGCCGACGCUGGCGAGCUACGAGGAGGACGCGGCGCGCAUGAAGAAGCUGCAGGAGGAGAACGACGCCCUGCGGCAGCGCUUCGCCGCGCUGGCCGAGAGCGCGCGCGCCGGGCCCUUGCCCGAGGGGCCCGGCCUGGACGUCCCCCCCGCCACGGAGCUCAUGGACGACUUCUACGUCAUCGCCCUGGAGAAGGGCAGCUCCGGGGCGGAGAGCCAGCCCAGGACCCUGAAGAAGCUGAUCCGCAACAUCGGCAGUGGUCUGCCCGGCAGCCCCAUCCUGGCCCGCAAGGCGUCGCAGCCGCCCGCCGCCCAGGACGCACGGUCAGGCAAGUCGAAGGUGAGCGUCUCCCCCGGUGCCGAGGACCAGCAGAGGCGCGUGGCUCAGCGACCGCAGCAGCAGCAGCAGCGACCGGGCCUCAGGCAGGCGACCUCUCUCCCGGCCGUCGCCGCCCCCGGGGAUACCCCCCACCACGACCGGGACCCCUCCGCGGAGAGGCACGCCGGCCCCCGGCAGGCUCCGCUUCCUCGCGAGCCUUCCUCAUCAGCCUUCCUGCUUCUCAGCCAGGAGGACUUUAGUGACCAUCGUGCCGCCAUUUGCCAGUGCAAGUUCAGUCCAUCAGGUUCGACCGUGCUGAGCUCAGACGUGGACGGGGUGAUCAAACUGUGGACCAUCUCUCCCACUCCAAAGACCCAGGCGACGUUCGUGUGCAAGUCCAGCGUCACGUCGGUGGACUGGGUGAAGAGCGGCCGCUACAUGAUGGCGGGGACCAAGGCGGGCGUGGUGAAGCUGUAUGACACGCACGAGAAGACCUCCAUCAUGGACAUCGGCUCCGAGGCCGUCUCGCCCCUCAAGGAUCACAGGAUAGUGUGUGUGUGUUGCAACCCUGUGGAAAACACGUUCGUCUGCUCCGCGGCGAACCCUCAAGGCGAGGGAAAACUGCUUCUGUACGACAUGAAGACGAGGCAGUUGGAGAGGUCGCUGUUCCUGGACACGGACGCGGUGGUCGCCAACUGCUGCACCUUCAACCACAACGGGCAGCUGCUGGUGGCGGGCUGCAGCGACGGCUCGGUGCGGAUAUUCGACCUGCGACGCAGCGACUGCAUCGACUCGUGGGGCGCCCACGCGGGCCCCGUGGAGUCCAUCCGCCUCACCGACGACUACACCUGCUGCUACACCAUGGGGCGGGACGCCAAGCUGUGCCAGCGCAGCCUGAACCAGGCGGGGCGGUGCGCGUGGGAGGCGUCCGUGCCGGACUGCGAGCAGGCCCUGGGCCCCGGCCCGCACGGCCAGCUGUUCACCUUCGACCCGACGGGCGGCUACCUGCUGGCGUGCGGUCCUGUCGGGGGCGUCGUCUACAAGAUCACGCCGGACGGCCUGGAACGCGUGCUGGAGCUGGGCGGCCACCACGGGCCGGCCCGCGCGGUGGACUGGUCCUUCGCCAACCAGUGCGCGGCGUGCGCCACGGCGUCGGGCGACGGCGCGGUGCGCGUGUCCAUGCUGCUGGCCCCCUAGCGGCCGCCCCCCUCUGCCGCGCCGCGGUGUGUCGCCUUCCCGCACGCCCGGUGCACCAUCUAGUGCCUGCCCGCUGGCCGCAGUCGUCAGGCCCCGGCCUGCUCAGUUCGUGAUCGUUAGAGACCUGGGAAAUUCGCGGGUUUGAUGACCUCCUCUACACACUCGGGCAAAUGCCACCUGUUCAUUGGGCUGCUGACUUGUGAGUCGUCUCGACUGGGUGGCCUGUGAUUCGUCACUUCUGUGAGUGAUGGGUCUCUAAUUGGCCCUCAGUCAUCCAGAUUAACAGUGAACCAAUGACAGAAACAGCACUAAGGUAUAAUUAUUUGAAUAUUAGCAUAACACGAAAUGAACCCGCGAAUUUUCCGGGUCUCUAGUGAUCGUACACACUAUACAAUGGCAUACGCAAAGAUCUUUCAGUUGAUAAAAGAAAUAAAGAAACCGGAGAAAGAACUUGGCCAGCUGUAAGGAUACUGGAUGCUGGAUUUUUCUUUAUUUCUUCCAGAUAAUUGCUAAAUGAGUAAAAAAAUUUUUAGCCAGGGGAAAUUCAGGGAAAUUUUAUUAAAGAUUUGUACACACACCCUGACUAUACACACCCCCUGUAUCACUGCUAUAAUUUUUUUUUUUUUUUAACACUGCCAGGAUUUUUUUUUCUUCUUAGGUUGAUCUUUUAUUUUGCAAAAAUCAUUCACACUAUUAUGUUACAUUCACCCAGCUUCAUUUUCAAAUAUUUGUGAGAAAUUCUAUUGUUCCUCGAGAUGCUUCAAGUUUUUUUCAAUGUGCAUAGUGGUAUGAUAAGGAACUUAAGCCUUGAAUUAGCUUCAUUAGUGCUCUCUCACCACCUUUAUUCUGCUGCUAUCCUCAUUUCUGAACACAUUAUUUCCCACUGAUUCUUAGUGUUUUUUCAAUUGCCGGUAAACGUAAUUGCUUCACUCACGCAGGUCUUGCCACUUUCGGUUACAAUUGGUAAUAUACCUACUGACAGUUACAGUGACAGUGAUGAACAUUAUAGAUUUUUAAGUACAUGUGACUCAAAGAAGCCAUUUGUUUCACAUCUGUUGUUCUUACAAAUCAAGGUGGUUAUAAGGAAAGUAAUGCUUAGUUAAAAAAUGUUUUGAGCAUUCUAGAUGUCUCAUUCAUUUCUGCGCUUUCAAAGUUUGAGGUUACUACCCAAGACUUAUGAACUCGUAAAGCUGGAACAGUCAAGCAAUGUCGAUCUGGAUGAUCUAGAAAGCAAUUUUAUUGAACUGAAAUCGUAGUGAGUUUGCUUUUAAAAGGCAUUUAACUGGCCUACUCCAGUUUGUUUAGGUAAAAUGUAGGAAUAUGAGGUAUUGGGAAUAGUUCCACCUCAUGUGGUCUUACGGUUUGCUUCAUGUAAAUUAUACUGCAAGUUAGAUAUUUUCUGAAUUUGUAGCUCUUCGUGGAAAAUGUCGCUGGAAGUUGUGCUCAUGAUUUCCAUUGGUCAGUAUUGACUUCAGGAUAUUGUGUCAAGUAGUUUGUUUCCUAUUAUUUUAAUGCUAUGUCAGCACCUACUGUUGUUGUGCAUUGUAAGCAUAGUUAUAGCUAUUUUUAUUAUAAUUGUUAUUUAUUUGUUCAUGAUCUCUUACAAAUUCAGGGUGUCCACAGGUCACAGAAAUGAAAACUGACAACUGGUCUCAAAAGUCACACAAAAAUCUAGAAAUGAAUACAGUAGAUUCCCGACAAUCCGAAAAUAUCGGGACCAGACCGUUUUCGUAUAAACAAAUUUUUUGGAAUAAGUGAAAUCAUCCUUUAAAUAUACUUAAAUAACAUAAUAAAAUACAUUAAAUACAUAAAUACAUAUUUAUUAUUAUGCAUGGUCACACAAUUUAUUUCAUGAGGUCUGUUUAAACAUAACUAAUUCUCAGGAUGAAAUGGGUGGUAAAAGAGUGGAACGCUGCCUAGUACAGUAGUGAAAGUUGCACUAACGGCAGGUCACAGUGUAUGACAGUUGGAGAUGUGAGGCGUGGCAGAGGAAGGGAGUAGAGUCUAUUUAUGGCAUUGACUUUUGAUUUUGGAUUAAGCGGACUUUCGGAUUACCGAAGUUUGGAUUAUAGUGACUCCACUGAAUUAAGAUUUCUGUAAGUCAUGAAACUUUAGUUUUCAGCACCCUUUUACUAUAUUUUUUUUUGAUGCCUGUUUACAGUUAAUAGUCCUAUAUUCAACAUGAAUUGUUGGAGACAGUCUGUUAAAUCAUGUGGAAAAUAUCUUUGAAAAAUUUUUUAGCUUUCCAACUUAAAAUUGGCACAUUUUUGUGAACAGUGGAUGUACGUACAUUGUGUUAUGUUUAAUUUUGCUCAAUAUGUUACUUAAAUAAAAAUGACUUUUGUGAUAUAAAAAAAAUUGUAAGAAUACACCACUCUCUCACUUAGCACGUCUUUGAAUUGCACGAAUUCAUUUUGCGCAAUGUUAAUUUUACUGCCUCAGCCUUGAAUAGCACGUCUGUAAAUUUCAGUUAGCACAAAAUCGUCACAGACAAAAAAAAAGUUGGGCAUGACGCCACGAAGUCUGCUUCAGCUCGGUAAACGACAGAUGUACUGUGGCGUACGAGGGGGGGAAGAGAUGCGCGCGCAGGUCUGACUACGCUAUUGCUGUUGUACAAACAUCAGCUGUGGCAAGUUUAGUUGCAGCUAUGGACUGUAAAGGACCAAAUGUUUUUACGUUCACGUGUAUGCUGCCGUGCCGUACUGUAGUCGCCCGGCCGCAGACUGGGUCGUGAUGAACUUCAGUCUAGCCAGUGGCAGGGAACUCACACAAACACAAGUAAUGUCUGCCGGUAACUGUACAUGCACAAGCACCUGCAGUUGGAAUCAUAUUGAAAUCAUACAUCGUGUUCAAGUAUUUGAGACAAAACUAUAAGUAUUACGGCGUGCAGAAUUUCAUGAAGGCCACUCUUAUGUUGGACGCACUUUAGUUUUAAGCAAGUUAACUGUGCGUACAAUUGUUCGAAAUAAGGACUCUAACAAAUGUUUAUAUACGUCUGAUGCUGUUGGUUGUACUAGCGGAAUAGAUUUGACAUUAGAUACUGGAACAGAAAUGGACAGAUUAAAUAAUUAACAUGGAAAAGGUUGUUAAAUGACUGGUGCGCAAUGAAAAAAAAAAAUCAUGGGCCUGACAGGAUUGGUGUAAACCAAGUGGUGAUACGCGAUUAAGAACUUUGAUUGCAGUAUCGGUUUCACUGCCAGUAAAGGAUGGUUUGGAAAUUUCGCAGAAAGGUACACAAUGUGAGUUGAAGGUCACUCCUGGGCGGCAAGUCAACCAGCCAUCUGACGAUAACUCUCCCGUUACGCAGAGUCGUAUUUGUCAUACAAAGUAAUUGAUGGUAGGCUUAUAAAGAUAAGUGGUUUGGCAUAUUUGUCGUCGAGUAUUAUUCUACACAUUUUGGAUCACAUAAGUAAAUUAGCCUUGCUAUUUAUGGAGACUAAUGCUUCAGAAUGUGAUUUUGGAUAGCACGAUCAUUUUUAGGAACCAUUAGUCGUGCUAAGAGAGGGAUUGGUGUAUUUUAUUGAAAGGUCAUAAAAAAGUCCCAGUUCAAUUUGUUCGUUAGGUAUUUGUGGACACCCUGGUAUUUGAUUAGUGUUAUUGUCUCGCAAAAUUGUAAUGCUGAUAUUUUAUAUUGAAAUGCAGUUUUGAUUACAAAACUUUUGUUUAAUUCAAAAGAGAGUAUUGCAUUAUUACUUACAAUAGUGAUAUUAAUCCUCUAUUUCCAAUUCUUUGUGUGAAAAAUAAUUGAAUCUUCACGGUGAACUUUUGUAGAUUUCUGCAAAUUUCUUUUUUUUCAUUUUUUUUUUCAAAUAAAGUGUAAACUUUUUUUAUGAAUUGUGAAUAUUUUGAAAUUGAAUUUAAACAUUCAGUGAAACUUUCUUUUAAUUGAAACUUCGAAGGAGUCUAAGAAUAAUUUUACCAAAAUACAGAAACGUCUUUUUAUUAUUGCAUUAAACUUGGAUUGCUAAUGUUUUACCUCUUUAAAGGUGGCUGAUGUGUCAAAUGUUAUGAACCGCAUUGAUAUGACAUUGAAUCAGAGAAUAUCUAAGAGUACUGUAAAUAUGAAAUUAUAUUAUAUGACUUGAAUAGUGAGGUUUUAUGAUUCUGUUUUAAAAACAGCUGACAGUGGAAAGUCCUUUGGCUAUUGUGGUAUCUAUAUGCAAUAAAUAUUUUUUUUAAAACAAUUAUUCAAAUUGAGAGUUUGAAAUGAAUAUCAAAUGAUUUUAAUUGAACUUAAAAUUUUCGAAUACCCGACUAGGAAUAUUGGGAAACCAGUAAUGUGCCAUGAAUGAAUGCACCGUGAAGAUGGUUUGUUGUAGAAAAACUCUGGAGAAAAUCCUGUGAAUUUAUGAAAGUCAUAAAAAAAAAAUUAAUGUGGUUAAGCGUGUGUGAAACACCGUGGUUGCAUAACUACACGCGCUGUUGUAACAGAUUGCAUUGGUUUACUUUCAACUGUUGUUGACUUCCUGACCUUUCGCACACAGACGUGACGAAUAGAACUGUUGAGGACACAUGCCUGCCUUAAUAUUUUCUCAUCCUCGUGCUUAUUUUUUCUCUUUCUGGUUUUUAACCCACAAAAAAUGACUCCAUAUAAGACACAUGUUUGAAAACACAGAAAUGUGUCACUUGACACUUAAAAUACUGGAGGAACUCGGACUAUAGAAAAAAAAAAUAAAAA